UUAUAAGUUAAUGUUUGUAUUAUUAUAACAAAUUAUUUUGGGUUGUUCCCAUAGGUUGGAUGGAUCGUGGAUGGUCCACAUGCAGGGAAGAGGCGUCAUCAGAUAAGAGGGUUUUCAUUUUCUCCAUUGGGCGUUUUAGAAAAGAAAAUAAUAGGUAGAAGAGGUGGGCCCAGAUAAAGAUGCAUUAGCCAAUAGGAAAGAGAGAGAAAAGUUUUAUUUAAUUAUCAUGCAUGGGCUAUGCGUCCAGUGGAUAAUGUAUUAGGUUAUUCAUUCUUGUUUUUUUUUAACAAAAAGUGCUUGAAACAAUAAGGGGAAAUAUUUUGGGCUGAAACAAUAAGAGGAAGAUUUUAUCAGAAGAUAUUAAGGGGUAUUUUUAAAGGCUUGUUUAGGUUAAAACAGGGAGGAGGAUAAGUGUUAAGGCUAAGGCUAUGGGAGAAAAGAGGAGGCAACCUUAAUUCUCGUUUUGGCCGUAGAGAGUGUGACAGUCUUUGCUUUGUCACAAAAACCUAGACGUCAGGGGAGAUUCUGUAGUUGCCACGAGAGAAAAGAGGUUGUCCAACGCUGAUAGGAGUCAAAGGAACCUAGAGAAUCCUGGAAAUCAGAGAGAGAUAGAAUGAUCGAGAGGGAGAGUUGCAUGGUUACUGGCCACGCUGGGAACGCAGAGGACAAAAAGAUGUUAGCCUUGAGGCUUCAAGGUGUUGUCAGGGGUGUUGAUGCUGCCAUGGGAGAGGAGGGGCCUUCCAAACCUUUCCAGGAAUCAAAGAACUGUAGGGAACCUCUGGAAGCCAAGGCGUUGAAGUGGUGAGCAAUCUGUGUUGAGUGCGACAUUGAAUCUUCGGCUUUGCUAUUCCGAGAAAGUUUUUAUCUUAUGUUUUGGUAUGGCUUCAUCAAAUGACAUUGACUCUUCCAACAACAAGUUAUAUGUUCGUCAUUCCAUGAAAACAAAGUAUGUUGCCGGUUUGAAUGCAUUAUUGAUUGAGGAGCACAGGUGUAUUAUUUCGAAGACUCCCUUUAAAUGGUUUUUGGACUUACAGGAUAAUCUUAGGAUUGGCAUGAACAUUUUGAGCGAUUUACUUACUAAAUGGAUUGAUGAAAGAGGAGGUUUUUUAUUUGGUGAAAAUUUUGUUCAAUUCAAGGAAGUGGAUGUAACAUUAAGCUUAGGGUUGUCUUUGGUUGGUGACAAGAUUAAUCUGAAUGAAAAGAACCUUUUAGAAAGUCAUUGUCGGAACUACUUUGAUAAAGAAAAGGGAAAAGGAAAAUAUAAAUUGGAUGUGAUAUAUGAUUUUGUUUUGAAAAACCACAAAAAGUUGCCUGCCAUAGAUGUUUGCAGACUUUACCUUUUUAUUGGAAUACAUGAGAUAUUGCUACCUAGUUGUAGCAGAACAAUAUUUCCAAUAUUGUUUGAAAUUGUUGAUAGAAUAAAUGAUUUGGGAACAUUUUGUUGGGCUCCUUUAGUGUACCAUUAUCUUCUUAGUAGUUUUUGCAAACAGAACUUAUCAUGGAAAAGAGGAAAAGGUGCAACUAAUUUCUAUGUUGAUGGUUGCAUAUACGUGUUUCAGGUGUGGUUUUGUGAUCGUUUCAUUCCAUCAAAUGCUUGUGUUCAUAAAUAUCCAAGAAUUUUGCAUUGGAUGUCUGUAAGUGUGGGUGACAAGUUUAUCAAAGUUGCGAUGGAAACGGGUGUGAUGCUUGAUGAGUACGGUGCAUCAAGGAAAGAAAUGGGUGAGUCAUCUGUUAAAGCAUCAGUACAUCGAAAUGUUGAAGAUGUGAAGAAAGGAAAAAAGUCAAAAAACAGGAAAAAGUAAUUGACUUAGCUGUUGUAGACCAACUUUUAGAGGAACAAGAUGUUGUUAUUGAAGAACUUGAAGAAGAGCUGUCUGUAUUGAAGGUUGAGCUGGUUGAAGAUAAAAAUAAAGAUGAAGGUGGUUACAUGACGCCUUGUAAAGAAAAUGAUUUCCAGAAUGAUAAAGGAUGUGAGGGAUGAAUUUCAAGCCGUGAAAGUGUUAAGAAGACAGCACAACGUAGAAAGCGAUACAGAAGCAAAGCUUGUAGAACUCCCUACACUGGAUAUAGUCCCAAAUUUGUAAAUAAUUAAAUUUGUUAUUUAUUACUAGUUUAGUAUUUGGUAGUUAUUUAAGUAUGGACAGGUUUGUUUUGAUCAAUUAAUUUGAUUGUGAGUGAAGGAAGUGGUUAAUGAAAGUUUUUGUUCAAUGUUCAAUACGUGUUUUAUUUGGUUUUGCUAUUUAUUCUUGUUACAUUACAUAAGUUUUUACCAUUAGCAUUAUUAAUCUGGCAAUGGCAUAGCCCAGGGACUCAUGUAAUGGAUU